AUGUCUUCCGUUGCCAAACAAGCCGCCACUAAACUCGACUGGGCCACCAUCAUCUCUAAACUGGGAUUGACUGGUUCCACCGCCGCUUCUCUUACUUCCUUCAAGAAGAGACACGAUGAGGCUCAGAGAGCCCUAUUUGAACUCAAGCAACAACCUACCACCGUUGACGUUGAAUUCUACAAGAGUACCUUGAAAAACCAGAAGAUUGUUUCCCAGGUUGAGUCUGAUCUCAAAGCUUUCAAGCCAACUCAAUUCCCAUUGGACAAACAAUUGAACUUGAUCAAAUCCUUCGAAGCAAAGGCUCUUGAAAAUGCAAAGAACACCGAAACCGUUGUCUUGGAUGAGUUGGAGCAACUUUCUGCUACUUUGGCAAACAUUGAGGGCGCCAGAUUAUUUGACGAGUUGACUGUUGAUGACGUCAGAAAGGCUAGACCAGAUAUUCAAGAGAAGGUUAACUCCAUGGUUACCAACCACAGAUGGGAAGUUCCUGGCUACAAGGAGAAGUUUGGAGACCUCACUAUUAUGUAA